UUGACUUCAGUCUGGAUCUUUGUGUGUUUUGUUAGGAAGAGGCUGGAAAAUGACGACCAGCUUGAAUCUGAACUCAAACAUUUAUCCUCUGAUUACCAAAGAGUGGACCAGCAGAGCUCAGAGGUUCCCACUGAUCCAUCUGUCCAGCCGCAUCAAACACAGCUGGACUCCAUAUUUAUGCUGCUGGAGGAAAACAUCAUCACUUUCGUGAAAAACGAGCUGAAGAACAUCCAGAAGGUUCUGAGUCCAGAUGACCCAGGAUGCUCAGAGGGUCAGAGUGAGGAUGAGGAGGCAAUGGGAGGUGAGGAUGAAGAGCAGAGGAGGAGCAGCAGAGAGGCGGUGAUGAAGAUCACCCUGAACUUCCUGAGGAAGAUGAAGCAGGAGGAGCUGGCUGACCGUCUGCAGAGCAGGACUCAAGCUGGAAAUUGUCAACGGAAACUCAAGUCAAACCUGAAGAAGAAGUUCCAGUGUGUGUUUGAGGGAAUCGCUAAAGCAGGAAGUCCAGCCCUCCUGAACCAGAUCUACACAGAGCUCCACAUCACAGAGGGGUUAACUAGAGAGGUCAACCAGGAACAUGAGGUCAGACAGAUUGAAACAGCAAACAGGAAACCACACAGACCAGAAACAACAAUCAGACAAGAAGACAUCUUUAGAGUCCAACAUGAAAGAGAUCAACCAAUCAGAACAGUGAUGACAAAGGGAGUGGCUGGCAUUGGGAAAACAGUCUUAACUCAGAAGUUCACUUUGGACUGGGCUGAAGACAAAACCAACCAGAACAUCCAGUUCAUAUUUCCAUUCACCUUCAGAGAGCUGAAUGUGCUGAAAGAGAAAAAGUUCAGCUUGGUGGAACUGAUUCAUCACUUCUUUACUGAAACCAAAGGAAUCAGUAACUUUGAACAGUUCCAGGUUCUGUUCAUCUUUGAUGGUCUGGAUGAGAGUCGACUUCCUCUGGACUUCAAGAAGAAUCCAGUCCUGACUGAUGCUUCAGAGUCCAGCUCAGUGGAUGUUCUGCUGACAAACCUCAUCAGGGGGAAACUGCUUCCCUCUGCUCUCCUCUGGAUAACCACACGACCUGCAGCAGCCAAUCAGAUCCCAGAAAAGUUUCCUGACAGAGUGACUGACAUUAGAGGAUUCGAUGACCCACAGAAGGAGGAGUACUUCAGGAAAAAAUUCAGAGAUGAGGAUCAGGCCAGCAGCAUCAUCUCCCACAUCAAGACAUCACAAAGUCUCCACAUCAUGUGUCACAUCCCAGUCUUCUGCUGGAUCACUGCUACAGUCCUAGAGGAUGUGCUAAAAGCAAAUGGGAGAGGGGAACUUCCAAAGACUCUAACUCAGAUGUACAUCCACUUCCUGGUGGUUCAGACCAAACUGAGGAAGAUCAAAUAUGAUGGAGAGCCUGAAACAGAUCAACACUGGAGUCCUGGAAGUCGAAAAAUCAUUGUGUCUUUGGCAAAACUGGCUUUUGAUCAGCUGCAGAAAGGAAACCUGAUCUUCUAUGAAUCAGACCUGACAGAGUGUGGCAUCGAUAUCAGAGCAGCCUCAGUGUACUCAGGAGUGUUCACACAGAUCUUUAGAGAGGAGAGAGGGCUGUACCAGGACAAGGUGUUCUGCUUCGUCCAUCUGAGUGUUCAGGAGUUUCUGGCUGCUCUUCAUGUUCAUCUGACCUUCAUCAACUCUGGUAUCAAUCUAAUGGAGGAACAGUUGACAUCCUGCAGUUCUGAAGUAAGAGAAGAUCAAUCUGCAGAAACAGACAUUUACAAGAGUGCUGUUGACAAGGCACUGCAGAGUCCUGAUGGACACCUAGACUUGUUCCUGCGCUUCCUCAUGGGUCUUUCCCUGCAGACCAACCAAAGACUCCUUGAAGGUCUGUUGAGACAAACUGGAUGUUGUUUCCAGACCAACCAGGAAACUGUUCAGUAUGUCAAGAAAAAUAUCAGUGAGAAUCUGUCUGCAGAGAAAAGCAUCAAUCUGUUCCACUGUCUGAAUGAACUGAAUGAUCGUUCCUUAGUGGAGGAGAUCCAACAGUCUCUGAGUUCAGAAAGUUUGUCCGCAGAACGACUGUCUCCUGCCCAGUGGUCAGCUCUCGCUUUCAUAUUGGUCUCCUCCGAACAAAGCCUGGAUGUAUUUGACCUGAAGAAGUAUUCACCCUCAGAGGAAGCUUUUCUAAGGUUGAUUCCAGUGGUCAAACAAUCAAAGAAAGCUCUCCUGAGCCAGUGUAAUCUGUCAGACAGAAGCUGUGAACCUCUGUCCUCAGUCCUGGGCUCCUCUUCAUCAAACCUGAUUGAACUCAACUUGAGCAACAACAACCUGAGGGACUCAGGAGUUGCUCUGCUGUGUGCUGGACUGGAGAGUCCACAAUGUCAACUGGAAAUUCUCAGGCUGAGCGCCUGUAACUUGUCAGGUAGAAGCUGCCAUCAUCUGUCCUCAGUGCUGAGCUCUCAGUCCUCCAGUCUGAGUGAGUUGGACCUGACAAACAACGAUCUGAAGGAUUCUGGAGUCAACCUCCUGUCUAUUGGACUGGCUAGUCCAAACUGUAAACUGGAGACUGUCAGCCUCUCAGGAUGUCUGAUCACAGAGGAGGGCUGUGCUUAUGUGGCCUCAGCUCUGACCUCUAACCCCUCCCAUCUGAGAGAGCUGGACCUGAGCUACAACGAUCCAGGAGAAGAUGGAAAAUCAAUUCUGACGGCUAGAUUUGAAGAUGAGUGUUCCAGACUGGAGACUCUCAGGAUGGAGCCUGCUGGAGUUCAGUACUUGAAACCAGGUCUGAGGAAGUAUUCCUGUCGACUCAGCAUCGACACAAACUCAGUGAACAGAAACCUCCAGCUGUCCGACGGCAACAGGAAGGUGACGCAUGUGGAGGAGGAUCAGCGGUAUCCUGACCAUCCAGACAGAUUUGACUGGUGUCGUCAGCUUCUUUGCACAACUGGCCUGACUGGUCGCUGUUACUGGGAGGUGGAGCGAAAAGGGAGAGUUCAUGUGUCAGUGAGUUACAGAGGAAUCAGAAGGAAGGGAGACAGUGACAACUGUGAGUUUGGAUACAAUGAUAAGUCCUGGAGUUUGUUCUGCUCUGAUGGGAUUUACUCCGUCUAUCACAAUAACAAAGGAACAUCAGUUCGCCUCAACUGCAUCUCCUCUUCCUCCUCCUCCUCUUCCUCUGCCACCAGCAGAGUAGCGGUCUAUCUUGACCAUCCUGCUGGGACUCUGUCCUUCUACAAAGUUUGCUCUGACUCCCUGAUCCACAUCCACACCUUCAGCACCACCUUCUCUGAACCUCUCUAUCCUGGGUUUGGAGUUGGGUUCAGGCCCGGUUCCUUUGUGUCUCUCUGUUUGGUUUAGAACAGGAAACACCCGUCUAGUCCGUCAGCAUUAGCCUCUUAUGGUGUCAUAGAU